UGAGUCAUUUUAUUUCACAGACGCUUAAUAUAAGUUAGUUUAUAUUGAUUUGACUUAAUUAUUUAUUAAUAAUGGCACGUACUAAACAAACCGCCAGAAAAUCUACGGGUGGCAAAGCACCUCGUAAACAAUUAGCUACAAAGGCAGCUCGUAAAAGUGCACCGGCUACCGGAGGAGUCAAGAAGCCCCAUCGUUAUCGUCCAGGUACGGUAGCACUCCGUGAGAUCCGUCGUUAUCAGAAGAGUACGGAGUUGCUGAUCCGUAAAUUGCCAUUCCAAAGGCUGGUGCGUGAAAUCGCCCAAGAUUUCAAGACCGACCUCCGUUUCCAAAGCUCCGCCGUGAUGGCCCUUCAGGAAGCGAGCGAAGCUUAUUUGGUUGGUCUUUUCGAAGAUACCAACUUGUGUGCCAUCCACGCUAAGAGAGUAACCAUCAUGCCUAAGGAUAUUCAACUUGCCAGACGUAUCCGGGGUGAACGUGCUUAAGUUUCAUCUCCUGGAAAUCUUUAACAUCGGUUCUUUUCAGAACCACAAAUUUUUUAUUUUCAUUUUCACAAUUUGAUGUAUCGAUAUUUUAUCUCAAUAUUUUGAUUUGGUUCAAAUGUUUUUUAAUAUUUUUAGAGACUUAUAUCGAAGACCGGGUAACUUUUUACCAAAACCAGACGACAAAUGGUGAAAGAAUCACAAGCAAAAUAAGCCAAAGAGUCAAUAAGUAAAUGGCCGGAACUGAAAAGCAGCAAUGUUUUUCUUGAAAAUGUUUCUUUAAGCUCGACCAAAUAGCUUCAUUGUGAUCCGAGUAUUUAUUUAUAGACUGAUAAAAAUUCUUCUAAAUUCUUAUCGAGUUAUAAUUAUAAACUUUUAAAUAUUUAAUGUUCGUUUUAUCUCAACUUCGGUGGUUUCUAAAAUCUCUU